AAAGAAACCAUGAGACGUUGUCUCGUAAUACCCGUCAACACACACACAGUUCUCGUCGGAUUGAUACAGACAUGAACGGCCUAUGAUUUCGUUAAUAUCGAUACUGCAUGCAAAGCAUGAAUGCCUUCCACCAUGCAUUCACAGCCAACAAAGCUUGCAUCCUUCAAAAAACACCCACGAAAAACAGACUAGUCGUUAUUCUCAAUACAGAUAACUGGACUAGUUUUGGCCUCCAAGACAUGAGAUUGGUGCCACCGCUGGGACUGUUAGCAGUGGUUGUGCUGGGAACAUGCAUCCGUUUCCUCUGGCUCAAUGCCCACGACCAACACCAACGGAUUUGUUACACAGGGGCUCUGCCCGAGUCCUCCUCCAUUCGGCCUCGGCGUGCAUUCAAAUCCUACUCAGAAUACAUCCAACUGCAAUUAAACAAAACCCUGAAUCCGCGCCUCAGGGAGGUAUGGACGACCCGAGAUUGGGGAAGAAAAGUGGAGGUGUUCUCGGGCAUAUUUGGGCAUCUGAGGAAACAGGGGGUGGUGGGAGAGCAGUCGAAGGCGUUGUGCAUCGGAGCUCGGGUGGGUCAAGAAGUGGCUGCCCUCAAAGCAAUUGGUGUUGAGGACGCCAUUGGCAUCGACCUCGUUCCCUUUCCUCCUCUGGUUCUCUCUGGUGAUAUGCACUCUCACCCCUUCCAAGACGACACCUUUGAUUUUGAAUUCUCGAAUGCCUUCGACCACGCGCUUUAUCCCACCCUGUUUGUGUCUGAGAUGGAGCGGACCCUCAAGCCUGGUGGCGUUGCCGUCGUACAUGUUUCUGCCCACAGACGGGGAGAUAAGUACUCUGUAAACGAUCUCUUCAGCCCUGCUCCCUUCAUUGCUCUGUUUAAAAGGUCCAGUCUUGUUCAUGUCCGGAAGGUCGACGCCUUCGGGCUCGACACGGAAAUCAUCCUACGUAAGAAUAGUAGUGGGAUUGUGAGUCCGAUUGUAAAAGAAGCCCAUUUGCCCUGUUCAAAUUUUGUUUCUGGAAUGCCAGUGUAAUUGGAAGCCCAAGUAAUACAAUGUCUCGUUCUCU